AUGCCUCACGUCCCAGAGGAGCUAGCGCGUAAAUUACGAGCAGCUGGUCAAGGCCACGUCCUUAAGUUUGAUGACGCUGAUAAAUUACCGUCUUUAAAGGCACAAGAAUUUAUAAAAGAGCUUGAAACUCUUGAUUUAGAGCUCGUGAAAUCUAUUUUUCAAGCUUCAAUCCAAGCACAAAAAAAUACCGAGACAGGGACUAUUGAACCUUUAAAGAGCUAUGAUCUAUUAGAGGAAUGCUCAAUUCAAGAGACGGAACGCUGGAGGAAUCUCGGUCUAAAAAGUAUUAGUCACGGACAAGUGUGUGCUUUGGUGUUGAGUGGAGGUCAAGGCACCCGAUUGGGUUUUAGAGGCCCUAAAGGCAUGUACGACAUUGGUUUACCAUCGGAAAAGAGUCUGUUCCAGUUGUUUGCAGAGAGACUAUUGGCUCUAGAAGUUUUGACAGCAAACAAGUUUCCAAGAAUUUUACGAGAAGAGAUUCAAAUUCCAUUCUACGUCCUCACUAGCAGGAUGAAUCAUGAAACGACGAUCGAUUUUUUUAAAGAGCACAAUUUCUUUGGACUGAAAGAGUCACAAAUGUUCUUUUUUCUUCAAGGUACUUUGCCAUGCUUUACAAUGGAUGGAAAACUCAUUUUGGAAAAUGCAAGUAAACUCGCGACAGCAUCGGAUGGGAAUGGUGGCAUGUACAAAGCAAUGGAGUCUAGUGGAGCAGUCAAGAAAUUGCAGGCGUGUGGUGUCAAAUACUUGCAUGUCUUUUCGGUCGACAAUGCGCUGUGUAAGGUGGCCGACCCAAUCUUCAUGGGGUACUGCAUCGACAAGAAAGCGGAUUGUGGCAACAAGGUGGUUUGGAAAGCGCGACCCGAUGACUGCGUUGGUGUUGUGGCCAAGAAGAAUGGUCGAUUUUGUGUGAUUGAGUACUCAGAAAUCGACCGUGGUAUGUCGGAGCGUGUGGACUCUCGCACAGGCAAGCUGGUUUUUGGAGCGGCUAACAUUUGCAACCACUUCUACACCAUUGAUUUUUUGGUAGACGUGGUGCUCCCGAAUGCGAGUCUUGCAUACCACGUAGCUCACAAAAAAAUCCCAAUGGCGGACGAAACCGGAACAACUUUUACUCCAACGAGUAAUUCGGGGAUCAAGCUGGAGUCCUUCAUAUUCGACGUCUUUCCCUUAUCAUCGCGAAUGGCGGUUCUUUCUGUUCCUCGGGAGACUGAGUUCGCGCCGGUCAAGAAUCCUUCUGGAAAUCCUAUCGACUCGCCUGACAGUGCCCGCCGCAUGUUGCACGCAGAAGGAAAAGCUUGGCUUCUUGCAGCGGCCACUGUGAUUUCAACUGCGGAGGAAGUCGAUAGGUUUGCUCAUGAGAAACUGGAAAAAGCUCGGCAUAUCGAGAUAUCGCCACUGAUUUCAUAUAGAGGUGAAGGAUUGGAGGCAUAUAUAAAAUCCCUGAUGAAGGGUCUUCCUCGCGACAUCAUUCGAUUGGAAAGCUCGAAAUGUAUGGCAAGUGCUAACUCGGUUCCAACUACUAUUCGGCGAGCAUUUGACAAAUGUGGGCAGGGUCAUGUCUUCCAGUUCAUCGAUGCAGGCAAAGUCAAUGCUCAGGAGGCUUGCGAGCUGGUUGAAACCCUCAGACAGUUCGAUCCGGUGCAAAUCGUCGAUUUGUUUGAGCGGUCGACAAAGGCUGACAACGCUGAGAAGAAGGUAGUCGAUGAAUUGUCACCAGUUGAAGAAGGAGUGGUGCACCAGCUGAGUGAGAUUGCCCCAGAGCUGAAGUCAAGGUGGUAUGAUCUCGGUCUUGAGGCAGUUUCAAAAGGAAUGGCUGGUGCUUUGAUACUGGGUGGUGGUCAGGGCACACGCCUGGGUUUCGCUGGUCCGAAGGGCAUGUAUGAUCUUGGUCUCCCCUCCAGAAAGUCACUCUUUGAGAUUUUUGCGCAGCGAGUUAUUAAGGUGCAGAAGCUGGCAGAAGCUCGUUUCAAUCUAGCCGAGUCGCCAAAGAUCCCGUUGCUCAUAAUGACUAGCGAGAUGAACCAUGAAACAACAGUGUCCUUCUUCGAAAAGAACAACUUUUUCGGGCUGUCAAGGGACCAACUUCACUUUUUCUGUCAGGGAACACUUCCCUGCUUUACUGAAAGCGGUAAGCUCAUUCUCGAAACGGCGAGUCAGCUGGCGCGGGCCUCGGAUGGCAAUGGUGGUAUCUACCCAGCCUUGAAACGCAAUGGGGUGCUUGGCUUGCUGGACGAGCAGAAUGUGCAGUAUUUGCACGUAUUUUCAGUGGACAAUGUACUCUGUAAGGUUGCGGAUCCAAUGUUCAUUGGCUACUGUAUCGACCAGGACGCCGACUGUGCAAACAAGGUCGUGUGGAAGACUCGUCCUAAUGAGAGUGUUGGUGUGGUGGCCAAGCGUAAUGGCGCCUACUGCGUGGUAGAGAAUUCAGAGCUUGACCGGGCUGCGUCGGAACAGGUGGACCCUUCGACCGGCAAGCUGAGCUUUGGAGCCGCCAAUAUUUGCAACCACUUGUUCCGCCUUGACUUCCUUCAGCGCUGCUGCAACCGGACCGAUGCUAAAUAUCAUGUGGCCAAGAAGAAGAUCCCGUAUGUGAAUGACGAAGGCACUGCCACAAUCGCUCCAACGAGCAACACAGGCAUCAAGCUUGAGACUUUCAUCUUUGAUGUCUUCCCACUUUCCAAGAGUAUGAAGGUGCUUGCUGUGGCACGUGAAGAUGAGUUUGCUCCAGUGAAAAACGCGCCUGGAGAAGCCUGCGACUCGCCUGAUACGGCGCGCCAAUUGAUCUCGGCGCAAUGUAAACGCUGGUUGCUGAAUGCAGGCGCGACCUUCGAGGACAAUGCGCCGGAUGCUAUCUGCGAGAUCCUGCCAUCUCUGUCGUACAAUGGCGAGGGUCUCGAGGAGGUAGCGCGCUUGCAAUCACCAAUUCGACUACCCAUAAUGCUAGGACAAGAUUAG